UCGCGAUUGGUUGGGGAGAAGGUAACGACCCAAUCAACAAGCAGCGCGCGCGGAGGUCCGGGGCACGAAAGCCAGAGCUACUUCCGGCCAAGCGGAGUUCAAGUCUGUCUACCUUUGUGGAGGCCAAGAAAAUUGUAAGACACAUGUCAAUGAGUCAACAACAUCUAGAUCAACAAGAUCUAGAUCCAGAUAGUACUACAGAAGUGGAAAAUAAUCAAAAUGCUGAAGAAGAACUUUUUAAAGAAUGUGAAGAGAUGUGGAAAGAUAUGGAAGAAUGUCAGAAUAAAUUAUCUCUUGUUGGAACUGAGACCCUUACUGAUUCAAAUGCUCAGCUAUCAUUACUAAUUAUGCAAGCAAAAUGCUUGACUGCUGAGCUCAGUCAAUGGCAGAACGAAACUCCUGAAAUAAUUCCACUCAGUGAAGAAAUUCUGGUAUCACUGGGAAAAGAGCAGUUCACAAAAUUGAAACAUGAUCUUGAACUGGUGCUAUCUACUGUUCAAUCAAAGAAUGAAAAGUUAAAGGAAGACCUGGAAAGGGAGCAGCAGUGGUUACGUGAACAGCAGCAGAUAAUGGAAUCUCUUAAUGCACUACAUAACAAAAUGAAAGAGCAGAUUGUGACCUUUUCUGAGUCAAGAGUCAUCAGUGAACUUAAAACUAAGUUGCAUGAUAUAAAAGAAUAUAGAAAGAAACUCUUAAUUACCAUGGGUGAAUUUCUAGAAGACCAUUUUCCUUUGCCUGACAGAAAUGCUAAAAAGAAAAAGAAAAACAAAGAAACAACUGAACAUCUGAUAACACUGCAUGAGAUUUUGGAGUUAUCACUGGGACUUGGUGCCUACACUACAAAUCCACUGCUCCUGGAGGCCACUUUUCUCUUUUGUUGCCCUUGUUUACUGUUUUUGUUGUUAUUAUUGCUGUCGUUGUUGUUGGAUAAAACAGAGAAAUCGAGAGAGGUGGAGAGACAGACACCUGCAGGUGGUGAUGCAGAAUUGAACCUGGGUCCUUGUGCUUGGUAAUAUGUAUACUUAACCAGGUGCACCAUCACUUGGCCCCUUCAUUAAAGUUACUUAUUUGUUUAUUUGUUUAUUUGCUUAUUUAUUCUUCGAUAGAGACAGAGGAAUUGAGAGAAGGGGAUAUAGAGAGGGAAAUCGAGAGAGACCUGCAGCCCUGCUUCACCACGCAUGAAACUAUCCCCUUGCAGGUAGAGACCUGAGUCCUUGUACAUUUAACCACCUGCACUACCACCUGGCCCCUUAAAAUAAAUUUUUAAAAAUAAAAUAUCUCUGAACCUUUAAAAAAUGUAUUAGAGCUUCAACCAAUUUAUAAAAUAUAUUAAAUGCUUUACAAGAGCUUGAUUUUACAGUUCAUUGCAAAUUGGGUAAGAGAUAGCUGAAACAAUCUAGAAGGAGUAGGAUAUUUAAUCAUCUGUUUUCCUUUUUCAAAUCAGAAGUCUUUUUGGAAAACUUUUUAAAAAAAAUUUUAUUAUCUUUAUUUAUUUAUUGGAUAGAGACAGCCAGAAAUUGAGAGGGAUGGGGUAGUAGAGAGGGGAAGAGACAGAGAGACACCUGCAACACUGCUCACCCUUGCAAAGCUUUACCCCUUGCAGGUAAGGACCAGAGGCUCGAACCUGGGUCCUUAUGCACUCAAUCAGGUGCACCACUACCCAGUGGUAAGAAAACUUUUUUUGUUAUAAUUUUGUGCACUGGAUUUGAAAAUGUAUUUUUAUCUAAGAGCCAUCUUAACAUACUAUAUUAUUGCUUUUUAAAACAAUUCAAAUAUAUUUUAUAUUUGAAGUUAGAACCUUUAAAAAUAUUAUUUUAUGGAAGAGAGAAAGGUCUGCAGGUGGCUUUCUCUCCCCCUCUGUCUUCCCCUCCUCUCUCUAUUUCUGUCUGUCCUGUCUAACAAUGACAACAACAAUAAUAACUACAAAAACAAUGAAAAAACAAGGGAAAAUAAAUAAAUAUUUAAAAAAUAAAGAAGAAAAAAAACUAUUAAAUUAAUAGUUAUUUAAAGAGGGGAAAUGUCACUCAUUGGUAUAUAGCUUCAUUGUGU